AUGCCACCACCAUUAUGCAAGUCAUGGAACCUCUCACGCCUCAAUGAACCUGAUGUCCAUGCUCUUUAUGCUCAUAUUUUCACUCAAAACUCAACCUCCCUCCUUUCCACCUUGCAAGACAUUGUACAGAAUCCACCACUCACUAGACCCAACAUUGAUGCUAUCACUGAUGAGUUCAAUUUACUCAUUUAUGACUCAUUAAAUAGCUCAAUUGGACAUCGACCCUCUCGCCCCAACCAUUGGAAAUCCUUCUGGAAUGUGGCAUUACAAACAGCAGCAGAUCAUCGUAACCAAUGUUACAAAAAAUGGCGCCUAGCAAUAGGUAUUGACAAAGUUGUUUGGUGGACUAAACACAAGCAUGCACAGGCCGAAUUCCGAUCUCAGGUUCAGCAAGCAAAACGUCAGUCUUGGCAUGUCUUUUGUCAGUCUAUGGAACGUGACUUCAGCAAAGCAACAUCAAAGAUAAAGCAGUUAAAACGCCGUAGACAGCCGCAACAUACUUUCCAGCACGAUGAUGGACCAGCCGUAGCAGCAGCAACAAUGUGUGACUAUUUGGCAACAGUAUAUAGUGGACAUAUACUUCCAGCAACCCGACCACCAGCACCAAUGACCACUUGUAACAGUGUGCCUUUUGCCUCUGAUGACUCUCCCUUUACCUCACCAAUUGUAGAGGAAUUCAUGCAAUUUAUGCCUAACUGCAAGGCACCAGGACCAGACCAUAUCAGAGCUGAAAUGCUAAAACCUUUUGCUGGCAAUGGUCAUAUGUUCCAAUCCAUUGCCACUCAUAGACGUUCUGGUACACUCGCUACAAUGGCAACCCUAAACUCUGUUGGUGCUUGUCGUUCUGGUUUUUCUCUGCUGCUCAGUUCACGAUUGUAUAAGACCUUUGUCCGCCCAAAGUUUGAAUAUGGUUUGGCGAUCUCCACUCUACUGAAACAAGAUAUCAAAGUGCUGGAGUCCAUUCAAGAUAAGUGUCUUCGCAUGAUUGUUGGGGGGCAUGCCACGUCCUCUACAAUUGUGUUAAAGCACAUCUGCAAUCUGCCAAGUAUGAAGUUUCGUGCUGAUGCUCUUAUGGCCAAGUUCUGUAUAAGAUCACGCUUUUCGCCAGCCCAGUGCCUUCUGUCUCUUUUGCACCGUCAUCAUACCGUCUAUUCUUCACUUGUCUCCUUGGGAAAAACCCAUCUUCUAUCCAAUCUCCCUCCAACACUCAAACUUCGAAGCCCUAGUGCUGUAAAAAAUCAUUUUGAAAGCAUUAGAGAAGCUGGAUUUGCAACCUUUCUCCAGUCUAAUACGCAAGUUCUCAUUCAAGCAUGCCGCCCAGUUCUUGGAGUUGAUCCAAUCUUGUUUUUGCCAGCCUCACGUGUGGAACGUAGCCGUUUGAUUCGUUGGAGAAUGGGGUGGUUACCAGGCAAACCAAAGGAAUGUCCUUGUGGAUCAGAUCACACCUCACGCCGCCAUUUGUUGGAUUGCCCACUUGUUCCUAUGGCACUAUUUGAACAGUUGCCUCAACCUGACCAAGAUCAGAUACACAGAAUUGAUUUUGCCAUCACAUCCUUGCCUUUGUCAUCUCAAGAACCGCGACCUGCUUACUGGAUACCACUGCUGACUAUUCUCUGGCACAUAGAUGUUAUAUGUAAUCCUGAUGGUGACUAUUCACAUGAGACUGAACAUGGUGCUCUUUGGAUAUAA